AUGGGCAUAUGUUUUUCAAGUGAAAGCGACGAAAGUCGUGUUAGCGCUCAGAUUGAUAAGAAGAUUGAAGAGGAUUCACGGAGGUUAAGGAGAGAAUGCAAGAUCCUUUUGCUAGGCUCCGGGGAGAGCGGGAAAUCUACAAUCGUCAAACAGAUGAAGAUUAUCCAUCAGAAUGGCUACACCCUUGAAGAACUUGCGAUGUAUCGGCUUACGAUAUAUAAGAACUUGGUUGACUGUGCAAAAGCUUUGGUUAUGGCUUUACGGCAAUUCGAAAUCGAUCCCGAAUCACCUACUAAUAAGGAAUAUGCCGACUUCAUCGUCGAGUUCCAAGUUGAUCCCGAUCCAAACACCCCCUAG